CUCAUUCUCUCUACUAUUAAGGCUUCCUGGGCCCCCGAGGAAAAGCUAUAUAUCCAUUCUAAUGGCCCGUUGUCCGUUGGUCACUAUCUCUCCAAUCUGUCGCCCCCCCUGACCAUCAGCGCUGCCGAGUCCGGGGUAGAACCAGAUAACCCAGAUAACUUGAUAGCGCGGCUGGAUGUAAGUCCAUCAAUGGGACACCUUAUCUGAGCUCCAAUUCAUCCCUGAGCCAGAUGAGGGGCGUUGUUACCCGCAAAAACCAGGAUGCAUCCCGGGCAAGUCGCAGUCGGCUACAGCGAGUUGCAGUCAGUUGUCGCGGGGUAUCGUGCCGGGUCCUGAGUCGGGGAACUGGUGGCCGGAACUCGGGACUGAUAAGACCGGACGAUGGCCGUGAGAGUGUGAAGGAUUCGGCCUGCAGAUCUGGGUCCGAGAGCGCGUCUUCCGCCGAGAUCGGCCGUCUGAUCCCCGCGGGCAACCCGCCCUGGUAUCGACACACUCUUGAGAAGGGCCUCACUCAGCCUCUCAUAUCAACAGCUAUCAAGAGCACCUCUGCCGCCAAGCAUUCAUAGCUAGUUAACUGAAAAGGCGAGUCAGGUAUAAGCCAUCUACGCAAGACGGAGAGCCGGUACGAAACAGCCGCCGACUUAUCGAUAACUAAACCAUCGCGACAACAUCACGUUUCUCUUGUUGAAAGACUCUCAUAAACGAAAAUCGACUGAAACGACGGAUCCCUCUAGGACCAGCACACGAAACACCCCGACAGGAUGGGCUCAAAGAUAGAAGACGCCCGUCCGUCCGUGACGCUCACACAGGGAACCGUCGUCGGCACGGUCCUGUCAGAGAACCUCCCCCGGCCCGUCGAGGCCUUCAAAGGCAUUCCCUACGCCCUGCCCCCGACAGGAGACCGCAGGUUCCGCGCGCCGGCGCCCGUCGAACCCUCGACCGAGAUCAUCGACGCCUCGGAAUGGGGACCCGUCGCCCCCGGCAAGCAGCUCUUCCCCGGCGGGCCGGCGUUCGAGUACAGCGAGGACUGCCUGACGGCCAACGUCUUCCGGCCGCUGGCCGUGCCGCAAAAGUCGAAGCCACUGCUGCCCGUCGCCGUGUACAUCCACGGCGGCGCCUUCAACCGGGGCACGGCCAAGAUGCACAACACGGCCUCGUUCCUGGCCCACUCGGGGCAGCAGCUCGUCGCCGUCUCCUUCAACUACCGCAUCGGCGCCCUGGGCUUCCUCCCGUCCGCCAUGAGCUUCGAGGAGGGCGCCGUCAACCUCGGGCUAAAGGACCAGCUCCUGCUGCUCGAGUGGGUGCGCGAUAACAUCGCCGCCUUUGGCGGAGACCCCAACAACGUCACCCUCUUCGGCAUCUCGGCCGGAGCACACUCCAUCGGCCACAUCCUCAUCAACGACGAGGGCCAGUACAACCCACCCCUCUUCCACAAGGUCAUCCUCGAGUCCGGCGCCCCAACGUCCCGCGCCGUCCGCCCCUACAACGCACCCAUCCACGAGGCCCAGUUCGCCGACUUCCUCGCCGAGACGGGCUGCCCGCCGGGCCUCUCCGCCGCCGAGACCUUCCGCCACCUCCGCGCGGCGCCGUCCGAGGUCGUCCAGCGCGCCCAGAUCGCCGUCUUCGACAAAUACAACCCCUCCCUGCGCUGGGCCUUCCAGCCCGUCAUCGACGGCGACGUCAUCCCGCGCCCGCCCAUCGAGUCCUGGCGCCUCGACCGCUGGCGCAAGGUCCCCAUCAUGACGGGCUUCAACCGCAACGAGGGCUCCAUCUACAUCAGCAAGCAGGUCUCGCGCUCCGACGAGUUCACCACCUUCUUCGCCGACCUGCUGCCCCUGCUGUCCAAGGAGGACGUCGCCACCAUCGACGCGCUCUACCCGGACCCCCUCACCGUCGCCGACUCGCCGUACAGGGAACACCUCGACGGCACCGGCGCGCAGUACCGCCGCCUCGAGAUCGCCUACGGGCAGUACGCCUACGUCGCGCCCGUCCGGCAGACGGCGGAGCUCGCCUCGAGAGCCUCGCCGGAGCCCGUGUACCUCUACCAGUGGGGCCUCGAGAGCUCCGUCCUCGACCGCGCGCGCCAUGGUGAGAACAUGUACUACGAGGCGUGCGAGCCGGCCAAGACCAAGAUCUCCCCCGCGCAAAAGGAGCUGUGCCUGACGCUGAACGCCUACAUUGCCAGCUUCAUCGUCGCCGGCGACCCCAACGCCAUCAGGGGCGAGAGCAGCCCGGACAGGCCGACGUGGGAGCGGUACGUGCCCGAGGACCCAAAGGCCCUUGUGUUCGGGGAGGAGAACAAGGAACUCAUCGGCGGCGAGCCGGGUGUCCCGGCGCGCUUACACCCGGACACCUGGGCGAGAAAGGAGUCCGAGUUCUGGUGGAGUAAGGUGGACGUAUCACAGCAGUGAGGCUAGAGAUGAAGAAAAAGAGGGGGUAAAAAACAUAAAUAAAUGUAAGAACAAUCGGUCGACUCCGCUAGGUCUGUGAGUCUUGUGCGAGUGAAGGACCGGCUUGAUAAAAACAGUCGGGCGAAGCAGUGGAACCACCAGCCUGGCAAGCACGGGCUCGUCAGUCCGGCCAAGUCUCGUGCUGAUACUGACUGCUCGGUUUCCUAUCUUCUGAUACCCUAGGGGCAAAAUACAGGUGAAUCAAUUGGAAGCGAGUUACCCUAUAAAAGAAAGUGGUGUCUUGAUAAAAAAAAAAAAGAGUAGACAAACAAAAAAAGUUAUUCGAAGAACAUGGUAACAUAACUCAC